AUGGAUUGGAAUAACCUCAAGGACACGGUCUCCAACAUGACCCUGUACGACGUCAAGGCCGGCGUCAGGAAGGUCCAGAAUGGUAAAUUGCCAGCUGUCCAAUUCGAAAUGCCCGUGAUCGCCGCUACCCUCAACGAAAUCAUGCCCAUGAUCUACCGCAGAUUCACAGAAAAGUCCGCUGAGGAGUGGCGGCAAAUCUACAAGGCUCUCCAGCUGCUCGAGUUCCUCAUCAAGCACGGUUCCGAACGCGUCAUCGACGAUGCCCGCGGCCACAUCACAUUGCUCAAGAUGCUGCGUCAAUUCCAUUUCAUCGACCAGAACGGCAAGGACCAGGGUAUCAACGUCCGCAAUCGAGCCAAGGAAUUGGCCGAGCUUCUGAGCGAUGUCGAGCGGAUCCGGACGGAGCGCAAGAAGGCGCGAGCGACCAAGAACAAGUACACCGGUGUCGAGGGCGGCAUGAGCCUCGGAGGCGGCUUCUCCAGCGGCAGCGGCAGCCGUUACGGCGGUUUCGGAAGCGAGUCUGGUGGCUACGGAGGUUACUCUGGUGGUGUCUAUGGCGAUGGCGGCGGUUUCGGUGGACAGGAGAGCAACGACUACGGGAGAACACAGGCACACAACGACAAGUUUGAGGAAUACGACGAGUUUGACGACGAACGCCCAGCGGCCAGCUCCUCGGCGUCUCGAUCCAAGCGACCCGAGCGAACGGCGGCCCCCAAGGCCGAGCCGCCCAAGAAGAAGGAGCCCGAGGUGGACCUCUUCUCCUUCGACGACCCUGCGCCCUCCUCCAUGCCCGCCCCCGCCGUCGCGCCGACCCCCUCCAAUGGCUCCGGCCUGGCGUCGCUGUCAGCACCGUCUAACGCUAACGACGAUGACGAGUUCGACGACUUCCAGUCCGCCGCCCCAGCUCCGGCUCCCGCAGCUGCUAAUCCCCUCCCUCCUCCCCUCAUGACCGCCAACUCCGCCACAACUUUUGCCGCCCCCCAGCCUGUGUCCGCACCGCAGCAGGCCAACAUGAGCAACAUGGUUAGCAUGUCCUCCAUGUCUCCCGCUCCGAGCGCCAACUACUCGGCGUUCAGCACACCCGCCAUCGCCUCGCCCGCGACACAGGCAAAGUCCAGCGGUUACCAGCCUUCGGGACCCAACUACUUUAGCUCCGUCCAGGCUGCAGUUCCUCAGCCGACGGGUGGCUCUUUCGCAGGCACCCCUGGCGCGGGCGCACCCAAGGCUGCUUCGGCAGCUGCCAAGCCCGGCGCUGCUGGCGGCGACGCUUUCGGCGCACUGUGGUCGCAGGCCAGCACCGGCGUGAAGAAGAGCACGCCCACCGCUGGUCCCGCUUUGGGCCAGCUUGCAAAGGAGAAGAGCAGCGCUGGCAUCUGGGGGGCUCCCGCUCCGGCAUCCUCUGCAUCAAAGCCCGCCGGCGGAAACCAUGGCCUAGACGACCUGCUCGGCUAA